GCUUUCUUUGGAAGUACUGGGCAGGCUAGUUUAACUGGCCCUUUUCACCUCUCCGGCCCUAAAACAGGAGCUGAUGGAGCUUUCUUACCAGACCCUCAAAUUCACGCACCAGGCACGGGAAGCGUGCGAGAUGAGGACAGAAGCACGACGAAAAAAUCUUCUUGUUUUGAUUUUGCAUUACUUAACACAAGAAGGAUAUAUUGAUGCAGCCAAUGCUUUGGAGCAAGAAACUAAACUGGGGUUACGACGCUUUGAAGUUUGUGACAACAUUGACCUUGAAACUAUUUUGAUGGAAUAUGAGAGCUAUUAUUUUGUGAAAUUUCAGAAAUACCCCAAAAUUGUCAAAAAGGCAUCAGACACAGCGGAAAAUAAUUUACCACCAAGAAGUGGAGGGAAGACCAGAAGGGUGAUGAGCGACAGUUGUCAAAAUCUUCCCAAGAUCAGUCAGCAAAGGCCACGGUCCAGAACCACAGUGGGGAAAUCAGGGGAUGUCAAAUCCCUCCAUAAGGAGCAUCCUAAACAGGAGGCUGUCACUAAUUCUCACGCGGAGAGUGCUGACUUUGGCUUGAGUAUAUCAGGAAUCAACAAAGGCAGUGGAGAAGAAAAUGUCCGCCCACAAAAAGGCCAAAUCAUUGACUUCCGAGGGCUGCUCACAGAUGCCAUCAAAGGAGCAACCAGCGAACUUGGCCUGAACAGCUUUGACUGUAACCCCGACCCCUCAGAACGAUUGUUGAAACCUCUGAGUGCAUUUAUUGGCAUGAAUAGUGAGAUGCGAGAAUUGGCAGCCGUGGUGAGCCGGGACAUUUAUCUCCAUAAUCCAAACAUAAAGUGGAAUGACAUCAUUGGACUCGAUGCAGCCAAGCAGUUAGUCAAAGAAGCUGUUGUGUACCCUAUCAGGUACCCACAGCUGUUUACAGGAAUCCUUUCUCCCUGGAAAGGACUGCUGCUGUAUGGCCCUCCAGGUACAGGAAAGACUUUACUAGCCAAAGCUGUGGCCACGGAGUGCAAAACCACCUUCUUUAACAUUUCUGCAUCUACCAUUGUCAGCAAAUGGAGAGGGGAUUCCGAAAAACUUGUUCGGGUGUUAUUUGAACUUGCCCGCUAUCACGCCCCCUCCACCAUCUUCCUGGACGAGCUGGAGUCAGUGAUGAGUCAGAGAGGCACGGCUCCUGGGGGAGAACAUGAAGGAAGCCUUCGAAUGAAGACAGAGUUACUGGUGCAAAUGGAUGGGCUGGCUCGCUCAGAAGAUCUCGUGUUUGUCUUAGCAGCCUCUAACCUGCCAUGGGAGCUGGACUGUGCCAUGUUACGUCGUCUGGAGAAAAGGAUUCUGGUUGGUCUCCCCAGCCGGGAGGCCAGGCAAGCCAUGAUCCGCCACUGGCUGCCCCCUGUGAGCAAAAGCAGAGCUCUGGAGCUGCGCACGCAGCUGGAGUACAGCAUGCUGAGCCAGGAGACUGAAGGCUACUCAGGCUCAGACAUUAAGCUCGUCUGCAGGGAAGCAGCCAUGCGGCCUAUGAGGAAGAUCUUCAGUGCACUUGAAAAUCACCAGUCAGAGAGCAGCAACUUACCUGGAAUCCAGCUGGAUACAGUGACCACUGCCGACUUCUUAGAUGUGCUGGCUCACACCAAGCCUUCAGCAAAGAAUCUGACUCAGAGAUACUCAGCCUGGCAAAGUGAGUUCGAGUCUGUAUGAAAUCACAUCUACCCUGACCUGGCCACAGAGACAACCACGGAGGCCUUCCGAUUUAUUAGUUUAAGCAGGAGAAGAACAUGAUGAUUGGGAGAGAAAAGAGAAAAAUUAUCUUUGAAGACUGAGUUCGUUUGAAUAACUGUACUAUUUUGGAAAUAAGAGAUAUUUUUGUUAAUUUUUCCUGAUUGAUGCCCGCAAAAUACUGAAGAUGUUAAUUACAGGUGUAUAUGCUCCUAGUCACACAACAGAGACUUUUCUCACACUUAGACUCCAUACAAUUUGAUGAACAGUUUCUUACGGUGUUCCUUGUUUGUGAAUUGGUGUUUUCAUUUUGAAGAAAAAGAUGUAGUUUGGGAAGCUGUGUUGGAAUGCACAGUGGCUCCGAGUGGGGGGCCCAUUAGAAGCGAAGCGUAACAGACCAUCCAACCAGCUGAUGGGCUUGAGGGUUGGUUAAGAAUAGGCGCGGGGAAGGACACGCAGUGUUUCUUCUGACAACAUCCUGAGUGUCAUCAGCUCUCCCUAACUCUGACCCCAACCAGUUUUCUCAGCAGCAAAGCCCUAGCAGACUAGCUCCCCCCUACCGUGACGCCCCCCCUCCCCCCCCCCGCCCCCUGCUCUGCCCCAGCCCCCGGGUUCGCUGCUCCACCUCAGGGGAGGAGCACCUGGAGUCUCAAGCUAGCAGCACACAGCCACUAGCCUCCAGCCUGAGCUUCCAGUCUGAGUUCUGGCUCCCAGUAACAUCUUUGGACAGUUCACAUCCCGUGUGCUCUGCCGUCUUCCCACAGCUCCUCGGUGGAUCCAAAGCUUAGGAUGGGGAACCUGGGAUUCAGAACAGUCAUCCUGGGUCUUCCCUACCCUUAGGCUCCCCCACAUCUCCUUAUGGGGUUGGUAACAGUUGGAAGCAUCUCCCUCAGAAACUCAUGAUCUGAGCCAUCUAUCUUAAACCCCGGAAAAAUGCCGCUAAGUGAUGGCACCACCCCUCUUCCCAGCUAGAACUUACCUGUGGUUGUCCCCCCUUCUUCCCUUCCUCACCUCAUUUUCUUCAUCCCAGCAAGGCACACUCCUCCUCCGAAGAAAAACUUGCAGGAAAAAGGACAUUUUGGGUAGCUAAAUAUUCCAAAGGAUUAACCUAAUUUUAAACAAAAACAAAGCAUUUUGGGGAGGGUACUGAUUAUUUUGAGUAUAUCCUCAAAUGCCUUUUAAAAUGCCAUUUCAUGGGCAAUGUAGUCAAACUGGAAAUAUACCACAUAUAAUGAAUUAAAAAUAAACAAAAAGACAUUUCAUCUUAGUAUAUACUAAACUUAAGCUUCUUCAUGAUCAUGAAGGUCUUACACUAUCCAACACUAGCUCUACCCUAGAUGUAGAAAUCUCUAAGUGGUCUUAGACAUCUGCUUCUCGUGUUUUGGGAUCAUUUUCUCUUCUUUCUCUCUCUUCCUUCCUUCCUUCUCUUUUUUUUAAGAUUUUAUUUGUCAGAGAGAGAGAGAGACAGAGGGCAAGCACAAGCAGGGGGAGCAGUAGGCAGAAGGAGAAGCAGGCUCCCCGCUGAGCAGGGAGCCCGAUGCGGGACUCGAUCCCAGGACCCUGGGAUCAUGACCUGAGCCGAAGGCAGACGUUUAACCGACUGAGCCACCCAGGUGUCCCAGGGUCAUUUUGUCAGGCUGUCAGCGGACAUUUCUUGCAGCUGUUAGUCCAUUAGCUUGUGGCCACUACCAUCCUUUCUGAUUUUAUAAAAUCUCAAGUGGAUGGAACCUCAACCGUUGUUAAUUUGUCAUGGUUGGAAAGUAGAUAUGUUUGUGUGUGUGUACUUAAAAGUGAACAAGUAAAGCGGCAGAGGAGACAGCCCCUGUGGACAGCAUGCUUUUUGACAAUGUUUGGCCCCUUUUAGCUUGCUGCUCUUUCCUUACUCCAGUCAGGGUAAGCGUGGUUUUGCCAUCCCUCACAGCAAAUACACACAACCCCACGCACAGCUGACUAUGCACCUGACACACCUCCACAUCCUUCCUCCAUUUCUAAGAAUCUCCAAGUUCAUCUUUGUAAUACUUCCAUCUUAUUCAAUCGCAUAUUCAAUCCUCCUCUUUUCCCUUGGGAAGUUUGUCUCCAAAUAAUUAUGCAAGUAUGUUUGUAGGUCAUGCUUUUAUUUCAGUGACUUCUUUACCUGUUUUAUACACUAAUGACUUCUUGCUUUGGAUGAAAUGAAAUGUAGCUCUUUCAUCCCUCUGCCGUAUCCCCAUCAUCGCCAAAUAGUUAAGACUUUAGGUUUACUCAAUAAUCGGUAUUUCUAUGGGAACGUAUAAUGUUCAUGCAGGGCCACUAGUGAAUCAAAAUUACAUUUCCUGUAUAUGUUGGUUUUGUCUUUCCAGGAAUUAAUUAAGUGCCUUAUUUUAUCAUUUGCUUAAUUUUUGAAGUAUCUCUUCUGAUUUUUUGCAACCCAGUCUCAGAUCUGUCAGAUCCCUAUCAGUAUUGGUUUCCAAAUGGCCAGUAUCAGAUAAACUGUCAAUUCCAUUCCCAUACCCUCUGGUCCUGGUGUUUUAAGGGGAAAGGAACCAAGAGCCCUUACAGAAUAAGAACCCUUAUAGAAUAAGCAGAGAUGUACCUAGUCUCCCCAUUUGCAGUCCUGUAGCUCACCCUGGCUCACCACCACGCCCAUUCUCCCCAAGGCCUUCACUUUCAUGGCUCCUGGGGCUCCAACCAUUUUGUUUAACAGCUUCAAACUAAAUCUUUGCUUCUCAGUGCUACCUCACACCUCACCUCCUACCUAGUCUCCAAGACUUCAAUCUUUGAGGUUCUAUAGGAUGAGUUUUGGUUGUCUUUCUUUGCACAGAUUUUUGUUAUCAGCAACCUAACCACUUCCAUCCUUCAAAUUAUUGUACCCUCUUGUCCACUGGUAUCUCCUCUUGUGGGCUCUCCUUGUGAGUUUAUACCUUCUUUAUUCCUUCACUUUGAUUUUAGUGGGGCUCUGAGAGAGACCAACUAAGA